AGUGUGCAACCAGACGGCAACGAAGAUCGAACGGUCUAGGGUAUUAUCGACAGACUAUCAAAUUCGAUCAUGCCAUAUUUGAUAUAUGGUACACAUGGAACAAUCAUGUAAAACAGAAAAUAUCCGCGGUCGAUGGAUAUUGUAUGGGGAUCCACCGACUUACACAAAGAGGGUUAGGGUCCGGUUCUUAUCGAUUGGGAUGAAAUCCCCAAGAGCUCUCGAGAGAAGGGUGGUGGUGUAUCACAAACCGGAAAAGGGAUGAAAGCUCCCGCUAAACCGAGAGUUUAAUAUCCUAACUUACCUCCUCCUCCUCAUUCCUUCUCGGUAGGAAAACAGUCGAGCCCAAUUGCUGCUCAAUUGUUCACCUAUCAGCCACCACCAUGACCCGGUUGGCCGUGACUCGUGCGCUGCGGAGCGUCCCGCGGGCCACCAUCUUAUCGAGACCACAGCUCCCCAGAACCCCAUCUUUCAGGAACAGGGCUCCCCCAUCUUUGGCCAACUACACCCGCAACCUAUCAGUAACCGCUCGCCGUUUGAACGACGACGAGGAUGAAAGAAAAUGGUCAACUCCUCUGGCAAAGCAGCUGGCUGAGGCCAUCACGGCAACCGGCCCAGUGCCGUUGGCCAGCUUUAUGCGCAUGUGUCUGACUGGCGACAUUGGCGGUUACUACACCGGCGCCAUCGAGAAAUCGGAGCAGAACCGUGACCAGUUCGGCGUCCAAGGCGACUUUGUCACUUCGCCCGAGAUCUCCCAAGUCUUUGGUGAGCUUUGCGGGCUUUGGUAUGUCACCGAAUGGCUAGCCCAAGGACGUCCGAGUAAAGGGGUCGAACUCAUCGAGGUCGGCCCCGGUCGUGGUACCUUGAUGGAUGAUAUGCUUCGGACAAUACAAAACUUCCCAGAGAUGGCUAAGAGCAUCGACGCUGUUUAUAUGGUUGAAGCCAGUCCCCAGCUCAGAAUAGCCCAGAAGAACUUGCUAUGCGGAGAAGACGCCGCCAUGAGCGAGUCCAAGGUCGGCUAUCAUAGUCACUGCAAGUACGGCAACAUCCCCAUCGUCUGGACAGAGACCAUCAAGUCCAUCCCCUAUGACCCCGAGAAAACCCCCUUCAUCAUGGCCCACGAAUUCUUCGACGCCCUCCCCAUCCACGCCUUCCAACUAGUCGAAGUGCCCCCCAGCGACCCCUCUCCCCCAUCUUCCAUCGCAACAAUCACCACCUCCGGCCCCAAGGGGCAAUCCAAAAAGCCCACCACCACAGGUCCAACCCUCGAAUGGCGAGAACUCCUCGUCUCCCCCACUCCCCCCCAUUCAACCCACCUCACCCUCCGCACGCCCCCCUCUCAAAACCCCCAUCUAACCCCUCCCCCCGACUUCCAACUAACCCUCUCCCCCUCUCCAACCCGCCACUCCCUGCACCUCCCCGACCUCUCCCCCCGCUACCGCGCCAUCAAAUCCUCCUCCUCUUCUUCUCAAGUCCCCCUCCCCGACGGCACCACCCGCGCCGGCGGCCCCGGUUCCCUAAUCGAAAUCUGUCCCGACGCCUAUUUAUUCGCCUCCGACUUCGCCACCCGCAUCGGCGGCUCUCCUUCGCACCCCAAACCUUCCGGUCCAAAGGGCGCAGCGCUGAUACUAGAUUACGGCCCGGGCGACGGCAGCGUCCCCGUCAACUCGCUUAGGGGAAUCAGGAAACAUCACCUCGUCAGCCCGUUCGCGGAGCCGGGCCUGACUGACCUCAGUGCGGACGUGGAUUUCACGGCGGUUGCGGAGGCGGCGACGGAUGCGAGCGAGGGGGUGGAGGUGCAUGGGCCUGUGGAGCAGGCGUGGUUGUUGGAGGGGAUGGGGGGGCGGGAGAGGGUUGAGCACUUGUUAAAGGUUGGACUGGCGAAGAGGCCGGGAUCAUCCGAAGGGGAGGAGGAGGAGAGGGAGAAGUUUGUGAGUGAUUUGAGGAGGAGUUGGGAACGGUUGGUGGAUCGGGGACCGAAUGGGAUGGGGAGGAUAUAUAAGGCUUUGGCGAUUGUGCCGGAGAAUGAUGGGAGGAGAAGGCCGGUUGGGUUUGGGGGGGAUGUUGUUAUGUAGUAGAUUUAUAGCAAGUGUUGUGUGUCAUUCAGUGAGGAAUGUGCUCAGCAGCUCCUGUGUCCUGAAUCCAGCCAGGCUAGCUUGUACCAUAAUAGUAGCAAGAAAUUCAGAAUGAAAAGUUCAUGAACGGC